UGCCUUGCCUUGCCUUGGUGCGCCGCUCCAUGUAUAUUUAGCUGCCGAUCACCAACGAGAGACCCAACAAAAUAAACUAUGGCGCUAGCGAACGCACGGCUUGGUGUGCUCAUCGUGGCGGCGAUGUUAUCCGCCAGCUUCCUCCCGCUGGCAACGGCUAGAGGGAGGGGCGGCCCCAUCAACCCACUGGUUGCCGGCGUAUGCGCGCAUACACCGUUCCCUGAGCUGUGCAAGGGCACGGCUGGGAAACACGCAGACAAGUACCCGACCAUCGACAAUCUGGCAGUGCUUAACAUGCAGGUUGACGCGUUUGCCAAGCGAACGGCGCAGGUCCGGAAGUACGUCUCAAGCGCGUCCCGCAAGGGGACACCGGCGCAGACCCAGGCGUUGAGCUUCUGCGACACCAUGUACAUGAACACCCAGGACACCAUCGGCGCGGCGCAGCGGGCCAUCACCUUCAAAGACAAGGGCACGGCCAAGAUCAUGCUGCAGCUCGCCGUGCAGGACUUCCAGUCGUGCGACCGACCGUUCCAGCAGUCCGGGAUACCAAACCCAAUGCUCAAGUACGACGAAGAGCUCAGCCAGAUGGCCAAUAAUUGCAUGCAACUGGCUAACAUGAUGUGAGACGUACCCUUGCAUGCACGCAGUCAUGCAUGGGAUGGCCACGGCUGGCAGAAGCUAAUGCAAGGAUAUGCAAGGACUUGAGUUCGCCAUUCUGUUCUAACAGAAGAUCGUUACUAUAUACUUACUUGUUUCUUGACAUUUUCUUUUUAUUAUUUUUUACCCGGCCUGCCUUUGUUGAGUAGGUCUCGAAAUGAGGAGGAGGGCCUUUUUCUUUUGUUGUUAUUCUUGACUGGUCUCACUUCCUUUGAUCCAUUCUUGUUAAUUUGUUGAUGGUGGAGUUUCUUGUUAAUUUUUGUUAU